AUGGUGGUUGAAUUGAGUGAGAUAGAGCGAAGAGUGAAAUAUUAUCAAAAGUGCUAUUUUCUGGCAAAUGCUGAGAAAAAAAAAAGAAAAUCUUUAGAAGUAGUUCAGUAUAACACUACAAUUACAUAA